AUGGUGUCAAGCUGGUUCCGUACGCUCAUGGAAGUCACUGAUGCAUACGCAAAACGUUCCUAUCAUUUCUAUUUUUCUCACUCCCCGACAGUCACUCAUAAGUGCUAUCCAUCCUGUUUGACGUAUACAAAACCGUCUUCAACCGCACCAGUAUCAGAGAAUCCGUUCGAUUACAAAGGUUUAAAUCCUCUGGAGAUUCCCUUUCACGCAGGUUGGCUACGUUAUCUGUUGGUUGGCCAUCCACGUGAAAACGAACGUCAAAUGAUCGUAUAUCGUGCACCAUGUGGGCGACAGCUUCGUUCCAUGCAUGAAGUUCAACGGUUUCUCGAUCGGACCAAUAGUCAACUAACCACUGAUUUGUUCUGUUUCGACCCGUCCGUUGUCAUCAACAGCGAGUUCCGUGCGGAAAAAACACUUACUAAUAUAGCGGAUAUCUCGUACGGCAAGGAAAAUAUUCCUGUACCAUGUGUGAAUAGUGUAGACAACGAAGUACCCGGAUACAUUGAGUAUGUAGCCAAACGUCAACCGAUCGAUAAAGUUCCUUUGCUCCAAGAUGAUAAUUUCGUUGUUUGUUGUGACUGUACUGACAACUGUCGUGACCGGAACAAAUGUGCUUGUCAACAACUGACCGCGGAGGCUAGCUCUUUGACCAAUCCAAGUGGCAUGGUUGACUCACAAGCUGGCUAUCGCUAUCGUCGUCUGGCUCAGUUUACUGUCGGCGGAAUUUACGAGUGCAACGCCAAGUGUCCAUGUGACCGGCGUUGUAGCAACCGAGUGGUACAACACGGUCUCUGGGCCCGCUUACAGCUGUUCAAAACCAGUCGCAAGUAA